AUGCCGCACGUGAGAAAAGAAAAAGGAUGGCUCACAGGAUGUACCCAUCUUGGGCAGGUUUACGCUGACAGGGAUGUUUGGAAACCAGAGCCAUGCCAAAUUUGUGUGUGUGACUCGGGAUCUGUUCUCUGCGAUGACAUCAUCUGUGACGAUCAGGAGCUGGACUGUCCCAACCCAGAGAUUCCCUUUGGAGAGUGCUGUCCAGUUUGUCCACAAACAACACCACAACCUACAAGAAGUACAGAAGUAGUCAGCCGUGGCCCUAAAGGAGACCCUGGUUCUCCUGGCAUUCCAGGCAGAAACGGUGCCCCUGGCCCUCCAGGACAGCCAGGGAGUCCUGGAGCUCCUGGCCCGCCCGGUGUCUGUCAGUCGUGUCCCAGCAUAAACGGAGGCAGUUUCUCUCCACAGUAUGACUCCUAUGAUGUCAAGGCUGGUACAGCUGGUAUCGGUUACCCACAGCCCAUU